AUGGUGGCGGCAGCAGUGAUGAUGGAAGUCAUGGUGCUACUACUGGUGGUAGCAGCAAUAGUGAUGGACAGGGACAGAUGUGGUGGUGCUAGUACUAGUGGAGACGGUGGUGAUGGAGGUGGCAGCGACAGUGGUGGUGAUGCUAGUGGUGGAGGUGGUGGUGUCGUCGACAACGAUGGUGCUGGUGGUGGAGGUGUUGUUAGCACAACACCACCAUUUCGACGAUUUCCCAAAUUAGGCUUUGGUGGAGACAAUUCUGUAGCGGAGAUGGUGGUGGUGGGCCUGGUGUGGCAACACAAAGGUAGAAGUAAGGUCAGCAUACAUCCUACCCUCCCCAGAUUUCACUUACGGGACCACACUGGGUAUGUUGUUAUUGUUGUAUGUAGCGGCAACAUAUAUAGUGGCGGCCCGCGUGGCGCUGCUCAUGGACCGCUUGCUGGUGGUGGUGGCAGUGGCAGCGGUGAUGACGGAGGUGCUAGUUCUAGUGCUGGUGGAGGUGGUGCUGGCAGCAGCGGCGAUAACGUUGGUGGUGGUGGUGGGCCUGGUGGCACGUCACGCUUCCAACGACGUCCUACAUUAUGCUGUGGUGGUGGCGGUGUUGGAAAGGGUGGUGAAAAUGAGGGUGAGGAGAGGUGUAUCUAUUUCAAAGAACUAGUUUGGAUUCAUGCCGAAGCGCUCGACUACAGAAGCCAUUCAUAUUAUAAGGAGAUUGGUGGAGCACUCACUGAUAGUGGUGGUGGUGGUGAUGGUGGUAAUGGUGGUGAUGGUGGUAGUGGUGGUGUUGGUGCUAGUGGUGAUGAUGGUGGAAAUGGUGAUGGUGGUGGUGGAGGAGAAGCUGAUACUGGUGGAAAUGGUGAUGGUAGUAGUGAUGAUGGUGACGAUACUGGUGGAGGAGGUGGUGGUCGCAUAACCUGCCUCCAACGAAUUCCCAAAUUAUGCUUUGGUGUUGGCGGUGUUGGUGUGCCUCUGUCCUUAUUCCUGUCUACACUUUUUAGCUUUCCGGCAGCAUUAAUGUUAGGAAAAUUGCGCCUUUAG